AUGCAGCUGCAGAGGUCGGAGGUAAAAGUACGGGUCUUGGCAAGGUGGAACGCAUUGACGCUUCGUUUCCGGUUCUACCGAGAACGAUCGUGCAACGGGCGAGGCGAGUGUGAUCGAGCGUUUAUUUGUUGGACGUGGCGGUCGUGGAGUCUUCUGCAGCUUGUCCAGCGCCGCUGCUUUGAACGUCUCGAUCUUUCGAACUUCCGUGGCUCGGUCGCGAUCUCGCGCGAGCUUGCCCGCUACCGUGCAUUGAAGGGUCAUGGCAGCAUUCGCAAGCCGGAAGUUUGCAGCCGCUUUGUCCACCUGCUGCUUCAACGCGGUGCACGCUGCGCUCGCAACUUCCUGUUGGCGUCCAGAGAAUCGAAGAUGACGUUCCAGUGA